AUGAGGUUCAGCACACGCUCCAGCCUCUCUACAAGCUACUGGACCUUGGGCUCCGUGCAGUCACCCAGCCGCUGGGUCCGGCUGGUCAGCAGUGUGGCCAGCGUCUAUGUAGGCACUGGGUGCUUGGUCUCCUGGAUCUCUGUGUCCCACUCCACCAGCAUGCGGGGCAGCUGGGGAUCUGGUAGCCUGGCUAUAGGGAUGGCUGUGAGUCUGGUGGGCAUAGGAGGCAUCCAGAGCGAGAAGGAGACUAUGCAAUGCCUGAAUGACCACCUGGCCUCCUACCUGGAGACGGUGAGAAGCCUGGAGGCUGAUAACCGGAGACUGGAGAUCAAAAUCCGGGAACACCUAGAGAAGAAGGGACCCCAGGUCAGAGACUCGGGGCAUUAUUUCAAGACCAUCCAGGACCUGAGGGCUCAGAUCUUUGCACAUUCUGUGCACAAUGCCCGCAUCGUUCUGCAGAUUGGCAGUGCCCACCUUGCUGCUGCUGACUUCAGAGUCAAGUAUGAGAUAGAGCUGGCCAUGCGCCAGUCUGUGGAGCAUGACAUCAGUGGGCUCCAAAAGGUCAUUGAUGACACCAAUAUCACUCGCCUCAUGAAGGAGAACCACAAAGAGGAAGUAAAUGGUCUACAAAACCAGAUUGCCAGCUCUGGGUUGACCGUGGAGUUGGAUCCCGCCCCUAAAUCUCAGGACAUGGGCAAAAUCAUGGCGGAACUCCGGGCCCAAUAUGAGAAGCUGGCUCGGAAGAACCAAGAGGAACUAGACAAGUACUGGUCCCAUCAGACUGAGGGGAGCGCCCCAGUGGUCACCACACAGACUGCUGAGGUAGGUGCUGCUGAGGUGACACUCACAGAGCUGAGACGUAUGGUCCAGUCCUUGGAGACUGACCUGGACUCAAUGAGAAAUCUGAAGGUCAGUUUGGAGAACAGCCUGAGGGAGGCAGAGAUGCGCUAUGCUGUGCAGAGCGCACAACUCAGUGGGAUCCUGUUGCGCCUGGAGGCAGCGCUGGCCCAGACCCGGGCAGAGGGGCAGCGCCAGGCCCAGGAGUACGAGGCCCUGCUGCACAUCAAGGUCAAGCUGGAGGCUGGGAUUGCCACCUACCGCCACCUAUUGGAAGAAGGGGAGGACUUCAAUCCUGUUGACGCCCUGGACAAGAGCCACUCCUUACAAACCAUCCAAAAGUACACAACCCUCAGAAAUGUGGACGGCAAAGUGGUGUCUGAGGUCAAUGACACCAGAGUUUUGAGGCAUGAAAAGCAGCAAAAGUGGGGCAUCCCUUGGGAAGGCAGGAGGCCAAUAAAAAGUUCAGAGUUCAUUGAACAACAGAAAGAAAAAUGUACCUUUUAUUUUUACUUUAAAACUGAACUAACUUUUCGACCAACCCAGUAUUUGGAGUGUUGUUUUGCUCCAAUCAAACAUAUUUUUGAUAUGACUUGUAGAUUUUGGAGGGGAGGAGCUAGGAUUUGGAGGAAUAAAGGUCAAAACCUUGCUGGAAUAUUCUUAUUUUAUAAUUGA